CCGCCGUGGGCUCCUCCCCGAACCUUCUCUGCGUGCGCGUGCUCGCGUUACCGUGUCUCAUUCGUCGGAGCACUGCAAUGUGCGUGUAUUCGUCGGCCUGGAAGCGACGUAUUACGAGGCCGCAGAUGGUCAGCAUGCCUGCACGCCCUCUUUGGUACCUUAUGUAACCCUAAAUAUAUAGAUGGAGCUGGCCUCCCCAUUUCUAUCCUCCCGUCUUGGCCCGACAUCUCCCCUCAACUCUUGUCCCCUCUUGUCACGCAGAACCAAGCAUUGGCAAAGGCUUAGCUAGCUACGUCUCAUCGCCAUGGCCAACAACAGAACCGCCGGCGGGAACAACGCCUUCCACAACUUCAACAACGACUUUGCCCACAUCGAGGACCCCAACGAGCGUCGUCGCCUGGCCCUGGCCGAGAUUGACAAGGCCCCCUUUGGCUGGUACCAUGUGCGAGCCAUUCUGGUCGCCGGUACUGGCUUCUUCACCGACAGCUAUGACAUCUUCUGUGUGUCUCUGCUGACCAUCAUGCUGGGCAUCGUCUACAAGCACGACAAUGCCGGCGCUCUCACCACCCAGCAAGACACCGCCAUCAAACUGUCCACUUCGGCCGGAACCGUCAUCGGCCAGGUCGGCUUCGGUGCCCUCGCUGACAUUGUCGGUCGCAAGAAGAUGUACGGCCUCGAGCUCAUCCUCAUCAUCGUCGCCACCCUCGCCCAGGCCUUGAGUGGUCCUGGCCCAGGCACCUCCAUUGUCGGUCUCAUCAUCUUUUGGCGCGUGUUGAUGGGUAUUGGAAUCGGUGGUGAUUAUCCACUCUCCAGUAUCAUCACGUCCGAAUUCGCCACUACAAAAUGGCGGGGCGCGAUGAUGGGCGCCGUCUUCUCCAUGCAAGGUUUCGGCCAGCUCGGCGGUGCAUUGGUCAUGCUGAUCCUCACUGCCGGCUUCAAGGGAUCACUCGAGGGCGCCAAAAACUACCAAUCGUGCACCGGGCACUGUGCCGUCUCCGUAGACAAGAUGUGGAGGACGUUGAUCGGCAUGGGUAUCGUCCCCGCUGCUAUCGCCCUCUACUACCGACUCACCAUCCCCGAGACCCCGCGCUACACUUUCGACGUCGCUCGUGAUGUGGAACAAGCCAACGCCGAUGUUGCUACCUACAUUUCCGGAAAGAAAGGAGAAGGCUCCCCUGACGAGAUCCAAGCCGCCGCCGCCCGCCAAGCUUCGGUCCAGAACCUCGAGGUCCCCAAGGCUUCUUGGUCCGACUUCUUCCGCUUCUACGGCAAGCUCAGCAACGGCAAAAUCCUCUUCGGAACAGCCAUGUCCUGGCUUCUUCUCGACGUGGCCUUCUACGGCCUCGGCUUAAAUGCAUCCACCGUUCUCGACGCUAUAGGCUACGGCGACGGCCCCAACGUCUACCAUAAACUCUUCAACCUCGCCGCCGGAAACUGCAUCCUCGUCUGCGCCGGCGCCAUCCCCGGCUACUGGCUCGCCGUCGCAACCAUCGACACCGUCGGCCGCAAGCCCCUCCAGCUCAUCGGCUUCACCAUGCUCACCAUUCUCUUCAUCAUCUGGGGCUUCGCCUACAAGCAGGUCGGCUCCCACGGCGCCCUCGCCAUCUACAUUCUCAUCCAGCUCUUCUUCAACUGGGGCCCCAACACCACCACCUUCAUCGUCCCCGGCGAAUGCUUCCCCACGCGCUACCGCUCCACCUCCCACGGCAUCUCCGCCGCCUCGGGCAAAAUCGGAUCCAUCAUCGCCCAGGGCGCCAUCGCGCCCCUCCGCACCCGCGGCUUCGUCCCCGGCUCCAAAGACAAAAGUCCCUGGCUCAACCACGUCAUGCAGAUCUUCUCGGCGUUUAUGUUUGCGGGCAUCUUCACUACGCUGCUGAUUCCCGAGACGAAGCGCAGGACCCUCGAGGAUCUCGCUCAGGAUUGGGAUAUGGGUGGUGAGAGCAUCACCGGUGGUGCGCCGGUGAGGACUAAAGCCGGUGAUGAGGCGAGCGAGGAGGGACCUAAGACGCAGUGA